AUGUUAUCUGUCUACUACAGAUAUUGGGACAAACAAUAUCUCAAUAAGUACCAAACCCUAGAGAGUUUUCAACGAUUGUGGAUAGAAGUCUCUGAUCUUCCUGGCUGUAGAACGGACUCCUAUAAGUUUAUUUAUGUGAGAUAUUGUUUCAUAUACGCAACAUACUAUGUUCUUGAGCAAGAAAAUGCUGCGAUACAAAUGGCAGAUGAUCUCCUUGAAGAUCUCAAAGGACUACUAUCCCGAAUAUUGAGUCCCACAUGGAAUCUGGUGACUCUUGCGUUUACCUUCUGGUCCCAAAUUCUCUCCAAAUUUUAUUAUGGACAGAAAAACCUAUUUACAUGCUACGAAACCCUUGAGCAUGCCAUAUCUAAGCUGCAAAGUGGCGAAGGGGAAUGCUACACCAGGGCGGCAAUGCUUUCCCGUAUCUCCCUGAAAUGGUUAGAGGAAUGGAAAAAACGUGGACUUGAUAUCGUAUAUCCAUAUAUUGGGCAAAUUGCACAGACCUCAGAGCUGGGUGAUUAUGAUGAUCCAAAUAGAAUCUCGGCGGCUUUUCGCCACUCAGGAGAAAAUCAGUGGAGUAGACAAUGGCCCUUGCAAAAAAUGUUGGAAAUCUGCCACCUAGAGACUUGGCCAAAACGACAAAAGCGUGAAAAGAGGAAGGAAACGGAAACACAGGCCAGUCAUACGGGCCUUCGUGACGGCGAGGAACGGCCGCGCAAUGAGGAGGCAAGUCCUGCAAAUAAAAUUGACAAAAGUCAAAAUCAAAGAGACAAGGGCAAGAAGGAUAAAGGCCACGAGAGAGCACAAGGAAAGGAGCAGUCAUCAAAUAGCCGAAAUAGAAUGUGUCAGAAAUGCAUGCUGGAAGCCAAGAGAAAGCAAGAGUUCAUGGAGAAGUGCGGCUGGAGAACUGGUAUUGUUCAUAAUCUAUAA